AUGGGCGCCGCCGGCUCGUCCGCGCCGGCCCGCCUGGGCCUCCCCGCGCCGCAGCUCCGGCCCCGCUGGCUCGGGGUCGCCGCGCUGGGACUGGCCGCGGUGGCGCUGGGGACCGUGGCCUGGCGCCGCGCGCGGCCCAGGCGGCGCCGGCGGCUGCAGCAGGUGGGCACCGUGGCAGAGCUCUGGAUCUACCCCGUCAAGUCCUGCAAGGGGGUGUCGGUGAAGGCGGCGGAGUGCACGGCCCUGGGGCUGCGCAGCGGUCACCUGCGGGACAGGUUUUGGCUUGUGAUCAACAAGGAGGGGAAUAUGGUUACUGCUCGACAGGAACCCCGCCUGGUCCUGAUUUCCCCGACCUGUGAGGGCGACACCCUGACCCUCAGUGCAGCCUACACGAAGGAUCUGCGGCUGCCCAUCAAGACACCCACCACAAAUGCAGUGCACAAGUGCAGAGUGCAGGGCCUGGAGAUCGAGGGCAGGGACUGCGGUGAGGCCGCGGCCCAGUGGAUAACAAACUUCCUGAAGACGCAGCCGUACCGCCUGGUGCACUUUGAACCUCACAUGCAACCGAGAAAUUCUCACCAGACCGAAGACCUGUUCCGACCCACAGACCAGAUCCCAUACUCAGACGCCAGCCCCUUCUUGAUCCUUUCUGAGGCAUCGUUGGCAGAUCUCAACUCCAGGCUAGAGAAGAAAGUUAAGGCAACUAACUUCCGGCCCAAUAUCAUAAUUUCAGGGUGUGGUGUCUAUGCAGAGGUACUACUUCUGGAACUUUCUCUCCCUGGCUGCACCGCUCUUGUGCCUUUGCUGUUUCUCCUUGGACUCCUCACUCAGGUAGGGGCUUCCAAAAUUUCUGGCCUUGACCCUUCUCUUUCUCUACCUUCCCGGGGUGAAGACACCCUCUCCUGCAGCUUCACCAUCUGUCACCCUUAUGUGGGUCCCUCCCAAGUGUCCAACCGUGGACUCCCCCUUGCAAUGCUGGGCUCACAUUGCUGACUGUCUGCUGGGAGUUUUCACAGGUUCUGUGGACCUAGCAAACUAGUCCUUAUAAGCUGCCCAAACUCCUUCUCUUGACUUCACAGCUUCUAUCCUGGCCACCGUAUUCCUUCCUUCACCCUGGCUUAGAGCUUGUAAGUCACCCCCGACUCCUCCUUCUCCCAUGUUCCCCUCAUCCCCGGCCCCGUCUGCUCCCUUUCUGUUCCCAGCCGCCAGCUACAUCACCUCCGUCGUCUCAAGUCUGGACCCCUGAGUGGUCCUGGAUGUUGUCACAGCCGAGCCUCUCAGAACACCAGAGUGAUCUCUUCCACUCUACAAGUUUGUGACAGUCUAUGUUGCUGCCUUGCUCAAGAGCCUUCAGUGGCUCCCCAGUUCUCAGAAGUGCCAAACUGCCCACUCCACCAUUCGGGCCCCUCCAAAUCAUCUUGCCACACUUUGCUUUCCCAGCCUUUACUUCUUCCAGUAAAAGCUCCAAGCUACAGACUGGACUGAGAACUAUGUAAGGACUAUAUUCUCUUAUCUCCUGCUCACCCCAAGUCUUGCCUCUCGCCCCACUUAGAAACUCCUGGCCUUCUUUCAAAGCCCAGAUGAAAAGCCACCUCCCCUGAGAGGUCUGCUCUGAUUGCCAGACCUGGAAGAGCUGCUCCUCUUUGCCAAAGCCACACUGUGCUGUGUCUGUGCCUCUCCAUGUCCAGCUUCUCCUGUUGCAAUUUCUUAUCGCCUCAAGAUGACAUGCUCUGUAGGAAGAUUUUCAUGGGCCCUUCUCGAACGUUUCAUGCGGUUCUGGGCCAAUAGAGUGCAUUCAACAUGUAAACAGUUUUCUCCUUUUCCGUCAGUUUGCCAAAGACAUACUUUCCUGACGGUGGAAUGUUUAACUUUAUUUAUCUGUGACGCAAUCCCCAACAGUUUUUAUUGCCCAUAAAAGGGGAUCUGUAAAUAUUUCUUUUAAUUAAUAAUAAAUGAAUUUCCUAACCAGAACCUUCAUUUCUCCCCUUUCGGAUCUUUUAUGUUUUUUUGUGUGUGACCACAGUGCCUCCUGGUGGAGAAAUGGACACAGAGCAGGCUGGCUUGCUCUCAUCCGAGGUGCCCAGCUUUUUGGAUUGUUGUGAAACAUGCAGUGAAGAGACUCAUUUUAUGAUGAAAAAAAACAAAAACAAAGCCCUGCAAUACACAUAUCAAGAAUUAUACACACGGUCAGAGUUAAAGUUCUGGGCGUGGAACUUUUUCUCUGUCUUGUGAUCAACAAAGGACCGGGCAGGUUUGUUUUAACUCAUGGAUUCCUGUCUUUGGCUCUCAGGCACCUUCUCUGUGAGGCUAAGAAGGUCAGGACCACAGUCAGAUGUCCUUCCUUCUUGUUAUUGCCUGGAGUCCCCUCACCCUUCUUUUGUGCCUCUCGAAGUCUCCACCCUGGAAGACUCAAUUCAGAUCCUACCUUUACCUUAAAACCUCCCCUGCCCAGAGCAGCCUAAAAAUCUCUUCUUCUAAGCCACCCGCUCCAUGCUUGUCUGCAAAGUUCAACCAGCACACAGGGUGCUGUCUUGUAAAGCUUU